AUGUCCUCAGCCAACCAGGAUGAGCAAAGGGUAGAGAGGAGCCAAACUCAAGUAAAUGGCCCUGUAACCUUACCUACAGAGUCGCAAUGUUCUCCGACGCCUAGAAGAGAUCCUGGCGCAUGGCUAUUACGUCUCAAACGAUGCAAGAAGACGUUGAUCAAAUUCUUAUCCUUCAUCGGUCCAGGUUUCAUGAUCGCUGUCGCUUAUAUCGAUCCUGGAAAUUACUCAACAGACAUUGCUGCUGGUGCCUCUUACCGCUUCAAGUUACUCUUCAUUGUCCUCUUAUCCAACCUCUUUGCCAUAUUUCUCCAAAGUCUCGCUAUCAAGCUUGGUACCGUCAGUGGAUUUAACCUAGCUGAAGCUUGUCGAGCGUUUCUGCCGAGAUGGCUUAACAUCAUACUCUACAUAUUUGCAGAAAUCGCCAUUAUUGCGACGGAUAUCGCAGAGGUGAUCGGCUUUGCAAUCGCACUCAACCUUCUCUUCCCCAAAGUCCCUCUCGUCGCAGGAUGCGCCAUCUCCAUCGCAGAUGUAAUGGUCAUUCUACUCUUCUACAACCCUGAUAAAUCCAUGAGAGGUCUGAGAAUAUUCGAGUACUUUAUUCUGUGCCUGGUUAUGGGAGUUGUCAUAUGCUUCUGUAUUCAGUUGUCCUUGAUACAGAACACUUCGGUUGGAGAGGUGUUCAAGGGCUAUUUGCCAUCUAAGAGCAUCGUUGAGCAGCAAGGGUUGUACCAGGCAUGCGGUAUCCUGGGUGCGACGGUCAUGCCACAUAGUCUCUAUCUAGGCUCCGGUAUCGUCCAGCCUCGUCUACGAGAGUAUGAUGUUAAACGAGGGCUUGUGCCUCCCAGCCCGUCCCCAAGCAGUACAUCUGGAAAUCAAGUAUCCGAAAAGACCUACUACAUCCCGUCACUUGAAGCUAUCCAGUCCUCACUCAAGACCUCCAUCGCCGAACUUGCUAUCGCGCUGUUUACCUUUGCCCUCUUCGUCAACUCAGCCAUCUUGAUCGUUGCAGGUGCGUCGUUAUACAAGAACCCAGAUGCCGUUGAUGCCGAUAUCUUCAGCAUUCACGAUUUACUCUCAUCAUCAAUCUCUCCCGCAGCAGGAAUAUUGUUUGCACUGGCGUUGCUGUUAUCUGGUAUCACAGCGGGUAUUGUCUGUACUAUCGCCGGUCAGAUGGUCAGUGAAGGCGCUCUUAAUGUCAAGAUGCGUCCCUGGCUACGACGGUUGAUGACAAGAAGCAUUAGCAUCACGCCAAGUAUCAUUAUCGCUGGCGCAGUGGGUCGGUCUGGGCUGAACGCUGCUCUCAAUGGUUCGCAGGUGGCAUUGAGUAUCGUUCUUCCCUUUGUUACAGCGCCUCUUAUUUACUUCACGAGCAGGAAUAAGUUCAUGACUGUUAGAUCCGGUCCUGCGCGACUGCAUGUUGAAGGACAACCAACGUUGAUGACGGGACAGAGGAAUGACCUAGAUGACGUGAAAAUGCGAAAUGCAUGGUAUACCACGGCUAUUGCAGUUGUAAUAUGGCUGAUCAUUGCUAUUAUGAACGUAGCUAAUCUGGUGCUGCUUGGUAAGGGCCAGUAA